GGUGACACACUCAUUACUUCUGAUCAUCCUCUUCUGCCACGGAAGGGAUUUCAAAGAGAUCGAUGCAGACACUGUACUUUGUUGUGCCAUGUGUUAUCAUCUUCUUUCUUUUGGUAUUUCCAAAUGGCUUUUGCCUUGCUGAUACCAACAUGAAAUCAAGUUCUCAAUGCUCACAAGCUGAUAAUUAUUCUGACAGUGAAAGCACAUUCCAGACCAAUCUGAGAACUUUGUUGGAUUCUCUUGCUUCUAAUGUGGUGCAAAACCAUGGCUUUUACCAAACCAUUGUAGGAAAAAAAGCCAACAGGGUUUAUGGCACAGUAUUAUGUAGAGGGGACAUAUCUGCUAGCAAUUGUUCUGAUUGCACCCUUAAUUCUACAAGAGUAGCCUCAAAUGAUUGUCCUAUGAGCAAAGAUGUUUCAAUUUGGUUUAGAUGGUGUUUCCUAAGGUAUUCAAAUGUAAGCUUCUUUGGAGAUAUGCAACAAACAGCUGUAGCAAUCACAAAUGAAACUGAUUUUGAUGAUCCAUCUGUGGUUUCUGAAGGGCUUCCCUUCAUGAGUGGACUAGCAGCUGUGGCUCCAGACAAGUCAUUCAUGUUCCACACAGAAGUACUGAACACAAGUCAAAGUGGACAGAAGAGGUAUGGCAUGGCUCAAUGCACCAGAGAUAUCAGCAGGGUGGACUGCAGAAGGUGCUUGGAUUCUCAGUUGGAAAAUUUCAGAACUGUAAUUGGAAACAAAAGAAGAUGGGAAAUUUAUGGAUCUAAUUGUUUCAUGUGGUACAAUGACUACCAGUUUUAUUCUAAUGGCUCUACUCUUCUAAGUGCUGCUUGGAGGCCCUCUUCUUACACAACAUUAAUAAUUGGCAUGACUCUUGCUGUCUCAGCGGCCCUUUUCAUGCUUUUCUAACUCUGGCCGCUAUUUUAUAAUUUCUUUUAGAAUGUCAAGAAUGUGCAACUGGCGAUUAUUUAAUUCAAUCUCCAUUACUUCUUCUGUGAGAUUUGUUUUUUUUUUGACAUGUUUUAGGAGUAUUUGUGUUGCUAAACUUUUCUCUUAUUUUGUCUUCCUUGUUAUUUAUUUAUUUGUUUGUCUUUAUUGGAGGGCUUUUUUGAUUAUUAUUGGGAUAUCCAUACAUCUGAUUAAGGAAAAAAUCGACCACUCAACUUCAUGGA